AGACGUCAAGCAAUGGAAGCCGAGCUCUUAUGCCUGCUUUUCCUCAGGCUAUGCUUGGGCUAUGAAAAUGAGGAAAAGAAUGAUAAACUUCCCAGACCCUUCCUCAGUGCCUGGCCCAGCUCUGUGGUCAGGCCCAAGAGCAAUGUCACUCUGCAAUGCUGGACUCAUUUCCAGAAUGUCACAGUCAUGCUGGGGAAGGUGCAUGACUCCGAGUACCAGCAAGAGCAAAGCUCAGUGGGAAGAGAGGCUGAGUUCCCCCUCACUGACCUGCAGCCUGAGGACGCUGGGGGCUAUUUCUGUGCCUACAAGACAGCAGCUUCCCUUGAGUGGUCAAGACGGAGCCAGAACUUACAGCUAGUGGUCACAGGGUCACUCCAAGAACCCUCCUUGUCAGUCAAAUCUACCUCUACGAUGACUCCAGGGCACAGGACCCUCCAUUGUCUGAUUCCAAGCAAUGGAUCCGAGUGCUUCAUGAUUGCUUUGCUAAAAACAGGAAUCCCAGAGCCACUGCAAACCAAGAAAGAAAGAAACAACCAAACUGAUUUCAUGCUCUGGAAUGUGACGAGCAAAGACAGUGGAAACUACAGCUGCAUUCACUACCAGUGUAACUGGCCUCACCUGGGCUCCUCCCCCAGCCACAGCCUGCAGAUUUGGGUGACAGAUGAGCCUAGUGUAUCUGGAACACCCUCGCUAAAAACAGACAGAGUGGGGGGAGAUGAAGGAAAUCCCCCCGAACCAGCAGACACUGGCCGCAUCUUCCUUGCUACCUUCAGUUGCCUCUGCAUCUCUCUCCUCUUCAUCUCCAUCUUCCUCAUCUACAGAUGCACUCAGCGCGGUUCGUCACAUGAAGAAUCCCCCAAGAGGUAG